AUGGCUAGAUAUAUUCGAAAGUCCGACCGCUGGACCCCUGGAAUGGACGUCGUUGAGCUCUCCGCCUGUCCUGCUCUGCGUCAGGAUAGUCCAUCUGCACUCGUCAUGGCGGAGCAGCCGUCCGCGUCCUUCGCCAGGCCAAAUAUGCCUGGCGAUCCGGUUUCCGUAAUGGUAUUAGUCGAAGAUUCACUUACCAUGCUCGCGAAAUGGGACGCGAUUCGUGACUUCUACCUGCCUACGCUCCUAGAGAGCUUGCGGAUCGCAGACCUAACCGUUCCCAUGCGCGUCUGGUGGUUUACGAAUUCACCUGCGUUCGAAGUUCCACUCAUGACAACUAUCGGCGGGAUGAGCCAGGUUGACCACAUUCCAGAUCUCCAGCUCGGCCACAAUGCAUGCGUCGGGAUCUCAACCACCACUAUCCGGCGUAGUAUAGAUCUGUUCGUUACUGCGGUCGACAAGCAACGAUGUACCCGACACUGUAUUCUCAUCGCAUCGUGCUUGCUGGGGAGUUCGCCUGCCAGUAACCACACCGGAAUCGACUCGCCGCAAAGCAUUGCAGUUACUCUGAGUCAGGAGGACAUUCGCCUUCAUUUAAUGAACGACUCAGGGCCUAGGUCGGAACCUUUCUAUGAUUUCUUCAAAAGGACGCUUUAUUACGGGGAGUACCAAGAAGUUCCGGUUUGGUUUCACGUGGAGCAGACACUAUCAAUACAUUUGUCUUGUGCGCCAGCAAACCCCGUAAUCGAAGCUUUAGCUCCUGUUUUGAAUGCUGUCCCUCAGGAUUCUCCAGCCAGCCUCUCAAGCAGCCCCGAGCAAUCCCUCUCAUCGCCAACCUCUCUACCCUCCUCACCUAUAAAGGACACACCCGCGGCAGCGCGCAAGUCGCAGUCUUCCACGACGACGUCUCGAAGUAAAAAGAGUCGAAAAGCUGAGGCAACCACCUACUCCGACAGCAGGGGCUUGGUCAGCUUCCUGCAACAAAUGCACGGCCUCACGAAGAAAAGAACGUAUGGCGCCAAGCCCGCGAAAAGGUCCUUGAGCGACCUACGGUCUAGCACGGCCACACGACCGAUCCUACCCCGCCUCGACAUCUCGACCACGCCGUCAUAUACCUUCCCUGUGCUCACUAAUGCCACCGGCACUGAUGCGCCCCACCCGGAGCCUGCACCCUCUCCAAUACAUACGCAAUCGAGCUCGCUUGUCAACAGAGGGUCAGCGGACGAUCGCCGUGCACGCCGUCGCGUGCCGUACCUCCCGACGCCACCUGCCAUCGAGUCGUCCUCGUCAGACUCGUAUCUCACGUCAUCAAGCUCGUCUGCCGCGGCGUUGCGCAGCCUCGAAGCUAUGUCGCCGCGCCUCACCGAAUUCCAUACCAUGGACCAACUGCACGGUAUGUCGAGCGAGCGGCCGCCAGACUGUCAGACACUCGAGCACGACGGGGACAUAAUGGCCUCUCCUACUCACUACCGCGUACAGCCGACCAGCGCGACGUGGUCCCAGAACCGAUACCUUUCAUACAGCACCCCCGCAUCUCCCCUUACCGCUGCCCCUGCCUACCCAGGCUGGGGUGUUCCGUGCCAGCAGCCACAGCCGCAGCUGCAGUUGGACGCGUCAAACUCCAACGAGCACCCGCCGUCACUGCCGUUCGGUGGCCCUUCCAUUUUGGGUCAGGAUGCGAGCACUCCACCGUUGCCAUCGCCGAGCCUGACGGCGCCGACAAGCACGUCCGAUAACGCAGACGACCAGCCAUUCGUGGUCACGCCCGAGUACGAGGCGUUUGUCCACGCCCGUUUCGAGGAGGUCAAGCGACACACUUCCCUGGCCGUCUCCACGAGCGUGCCCGCUCCCGCGCCUGGCUUGUACCCGUACAGCGCUGACUCUCGCAUUCGACAGGCGCAGUACAUUCCUCUGCCGCAUCAGCCGGUGGCCUUUAAUCAAGGCGGUUACCUCGGGCAACAGAAUGAGGGCAUGUUUCUGGGGACCGCGGCUGCGGCGGCGACAGACUUGAACUACGGGCAAAGCCAAGGGCCAGUCCGUCCGUGGUCUGAGUACGGCCCGUCGUCGGCCUGGUACCCGUCCUGA